CUGGAUGUGGGAGGUCAUGAGUUCGAUUCCCAGUGGCGCCACUUGAACGUUCCCGGCGGCACCCUUGGUAUCGGAGGCGAAACCUCCCCAAUGUUAAUAGCAGAAAGCCCCGAUUGGUAUGUAGGUACCCCAGUAAUUCAGUAGGCCCCACCGUCACUCAAGCGACACUAGGGCUGAGGUUCUUUUGAUUAUCAAAUAAUUUUUUUUUUACCGUAUUAGGCUUGAUUUCGAAGGAUACGACAGCGCAGCAGUCACAAGGAAAAGGAAAGUCUCCACUCCAGUGAAGUCAGAUGCACUUCAAGUCUUCCCUUCCCUUUCCACUUUCGUCCUUGCACCGUUUCCGCUUCAUAUCUUUGAUCUUUCCCACUCAAAUCUCUCUGAGCGACCUUCCAGAGAGAUAUCCAUCCUCUCAACAUAAAUCUUCACCAGGAUUAUCCCGUGACUCCCGUGAAUUGCUCCAGUAUCUCCAAUUGGCGAAGCCUAUACUCUCCCGUGCCGACCUCCGGCUCCCGACUGUCAGCUGGAUCGAGCUUAGAGAACAUUUCAUCCUCCGCCAUUGAUUAGCUUGUUUUGAGCUUCGAUAUGGUGGCGGAGGAUUGAUGGUCUAAGGAAAGCGAUAUUGGGGGUUUAAUGAAGCAGAGGAAGGCGGCGGCGGCGACGCAGAUGCAGCAGCAGCAGCUCAAGUCCUACUACAAAUGGAGGAGAAAAAUGUUUGCUAUGGUGCUGCUAGGGUUGUGCUUAUGCAGUUUGGUUCUGAUGCAGACUCAGUACAGUCAAAUCAUGGCGCUCAGUGCGCGGUUCCGUCACGAGCAGCAGCUGCCGCCGAGGAUCGCCUUCUUGUUCAUCGCUCGGAAUCGGCUCCCUCUCGAAGUAGUAUGGGAUGCGUUUUUCAAGGGUGAGGAGUCGAGAUUUUCAGUUUUUGUUCAUUCCAGGCCUGGAUUUCUAUUCAACGAGGCAACAACGAGGUCGGAGUAUUUCCUGGAUCGUCAAGUUAACAAUAGCAUUCAGGUAGAUUGGGGAGAAGCUAGUAUGAUUGAGGCAGAGCGUAUAUUACUUCGACAUGCACUUGAGGAUCCCUCGAACAGGCGCUUUGUUUUCCUCUCAGACAGCUGCAUACCUCUUUACAACUUCAGCUACACAUAUGACUAUAUCAUGUCAACAUCAACCAGUUUUGUAGACAGCUUUGCUGAUACAAAAGAUGGUCGCUACAAUCCAAAGAUGGACCCAGUGAUCCCUGUAGAUAACUGGAGGAAAGGAUCUCAGUGGGUUGUUCUGACCAGACAGCAUGCUGGGGUUGUAGUGCAGGACAGUACUGUCUUUCCUGCUUUCCAAAAGCAUUGCAGGCGGAAAUCGCUACCUGAGUUCUGGAGGGAUCAACCCUUUCCUACUGAUCCAUCUAAGGAGCACAAUUGUAUACCUGAUGAACAUUAUGUCCAAACAUUAUUAGCUCAAAAGGGCCUCGAGAAAGAAAUUACUCGAAGAUCACUGACUCACAGUUCAUGGGACGUUUCAUCUUCUAAAGAUCCAAAACGCCGAGGAUGGCAUCCUGUUUCCUACAAGUUUUCGGAUGCUACUCCCAUGCUAAUACAGUCUAUCAAGGAUAUUGAUAACAUUUACUACGAGACAGAGUACAGACGAGAAUGGUGCACCAGCAAAGGGAAACCCUCGACAUGUUUCCUAUUUGCUCGAAAAUUCACACGACCUGCUGCCCUCCGCCUCCUCAAUAUGCAGUCUGAGCUUGGUGUGUUUAAAGAUAAAGCAACAAACGACCCCUGAUCCUCAGGCGAUAGAAGGUAAUCGAACAAAACUAGCCUUCUAACCCCACAAUGAUAAAGAUCAAGGAAGAACGUAUAUAAAAGUGGAGUUUAACGUGAAACUGAAGAGAGAGGUGUAAAUUAGAGUCACUACAAUGCAGUUGGUCAGAAAAGGUCAUAUAUAGCCUAAAUAUAACGUGUGUUGUUGUAUCUUGUUCUUCAUAGUGAUUAGUGUGCAUGCUAUAAGAGGCAAGACUAUUGUUGAUUUGUUUCUAGUCCAUUUUUCGUCAGCCAAGUUCAUGACUUGUAUAUUUGUGUUGUGUGUAGAAGGCGUUUUCAAUUGAUAGCUCCAGAAUAAAAGAUUGAUAUGUAGAUAGUACACAGAUACUAAUUGGCUUAAUUGCAAGUUUGGUCACUCGAAUUGCUAAAAAAUUUCACGUUUGCCACUCAAAUUAAUUUAUUCCAUUUAU